UACCUGCUCUGUGCUCUGCUGUGUGUAACAGGGAUGGCAGUGCGGAUCACGUGCAGACUGGGCUCCUGCAGAGCUGCUGCGGGGCUACUAGUCAGGUUCCGCAGCACAGGGCUACCCGGACACAAGCCGCUUACUGUGUGUUUGCAGGAGGACGGAGUCAGAAAGAUCCUCCUGAAUAACCCAGAACAGAGGAAUGCCCUGUCUCUCUCUAUGCUGCAUGCUCUCCAGAGCGAUAUUCUGCAUGAGGUCAAUGAUAGGCACCUGAGAGUUAUUAUCAUUGCAGCUGAAGGUCCCGUGUUUUCAUCUGGGCACAACCUAAAGGAGCUGACUCCAGCACAUGGUAAAGAUCAUCAUGCAGAAGUGUUUAACACGUGCGCCAAGCUGAUGACCACGAUCCAAAGCCUCCCGGUGCCAGUUAUAGCUCAAGUACAUGGCCUGGCUACCGCAGCUGGGUGCCAACUUGUCGCCAGCUGUGAUGUAGCUGUGGCCUCUGACAGCGCCAGGUUUGCCACGCCAGGCGUGAAUGUUGGCCUCUUCUGCUCCACACCAGCAGUUGCCUUAGGAAGAGCAGUGCCUAGAAAGGUUGCUCUUGAAAUGCUCCUCACAGGUGAGCCGAUAUCUGCCAAGGAUGCAUUGUUACAUGGUCUUGUCAGCAAAGUGGUGCGAGCGGAAGAUCUGGAAACAGAAACAAUGAAAAUUGCAAGGAAAAUCUGCCAAGCCAGCCGCUCUGUGAUUGCUCUGGGCAAAGCCACAUUCUACAAACAGAUAAACCAAACCAUUGAUGAUGCGUAUAAGCUAACGGCAGAGGUCAUGGUGCAAAACCUGGGUUUGAAAGACGGACAAGAAGGUAUCGAGGCCUUCUCUCAAAAACGUAAACCUGUGUGGACUAAUUCUUCAGACUGAUCUGUACCGACAGCAACUAUAAUCAUUUAAUUUAUGUAAAAUUAAAAGUUUCUAUACUUGUUAAUUCUAUGAAUUUGUAAAAAUUGAGUUUAUAAAUACUAUUUGUGAAAGCAAAUGUUUCAUACGUUUUGUAGACUUCUGUUGUGCUGUAUUUGCUUCACAAAGCUAUACAUUAUUACAAAAGCUGCUAGAUUUAGCUAGUCGAUUAAAAUUACACGUUACCCAUAAGUUGCAUCCACUGAAAGUGAUGUAAAAUGAGUAAAAGUUGACUAGAAAAGAUGACAAGAACAUCUUCAUGCAAAAAGGGAGAUAUUUUACCUCAAAAUUGUGGCAUGUGCAAGUACAGUCAUUAUACUUUUCUCCUCAGUUUACGUACAAAACUCACAAGAUCAUACUGAAGUCCCAUGAGAUUAUAGCAAAAUCACAGUAAAGCAGAGAGUUGACUAAGCAUUGAUCCUGAUUGGCUGGCUGGCUGGCUGUUUUUUCACCAUGCCGGCGAUUGUAAAAAAAAGCAAAAAAAAAAGCAGCUGAAUAGUAACUCCUCACAGUACAGAUAUUCUAGUGUGGCCCUUAAGGACUUUUUUUCUUUAGGAUAUGUCUAUUUCAUUAAGGGGAGUUCAAUACUAUUCUUUAUGUUUAGGAGGUACAUUGUCUUUACAGUAUAAAAUAAGAUGAGUUCUCUCCAUGGUGGCUAGUUUUUGGGAAUUGGAACCUUAGGCCCCGAUUCUAAAAAAAAUUGCUGGUCAAGACGUAGUUCUAGACGCCAACACUCGCAGGGGCAACCUUCAUGGAAUUCUAUAGAAAAAAGGUGCUGUCCAUGCAAGUGUCGAGAUGUCUCCCACACAAAUAAUUAGAGCUCUCUUACGCUUAAUACAAAUCAAAUUACGUUGUUUUCAGUGCACAGUACUUUAAAAUUGCUGUAAUUUUUGUAUGCAUAGAUUUUCCUUUCCGAAUAAUUAGUGUUUGAGUAUUUUGGUAAACACUCACUACUUUUUAACUAGUGAGAAAAAACAGUGAGAAAUGUAGGGCGAAAAUGUAUAUAGAAUUACGCUGAGAUUUGAGAGAAAAUGUAUACGCUAAUGGAGCGACCAAAAACACUUAGCGCUAGUUUUCAUUGAGGUGGUAAAGUGUGGAAACUGGUCUUAACUUAAAAAUUCUCCAUAGACGUUAAUGGAGAUAAAUUAUUUUAUCACUGCCUUCCACAACUUACCACCUCAAUGGAAACUAGGCCUUAGUCUUUGUAUUUUGUACUUUUAAGUAUGAAUUUGUUGCUUUUUUUUGCACAUCCAGUGUACUUAAAUUACGAUUUACGCUGUGCAUAGUUAAUACGCUUUAUUCCUCUGUAAUUUACCUACAAAUUGUAAGUUUUAAAAAAAACAACUUUUUGGUGAACAAUUUCAUUACAAAUUUUGUACAAAUAUUGUACCUUAACAAUACAUUUUCCCUGCAUA